AUGGAUAAGGGUCAAAGUCUGAUCAAUCACUCAGUGAAGGAAAAACCAGCUGCUUGGAGAACUACAGAAAUUGAGGAAUAUUGUGCUGAUGCAUCUUACUUGGAGGAACUGGAGAAACACAGAUUUUCAGUUUGCUAUUCUUCCACUGCCGGUGGUACAGGAUCUGGAGGAUUCCUCAAGCAUCUCCAUUUAGUGCGGGUGUCCGUGUUUUCAGCACUUCAACUGGCUGAGUGGCGAAGCCAGGGCUUCUGGUACAUUAUCCUGCUGAUGGCUUCCCUCUGGUUCUUAUGGCUCUACCUGCAUUACCUUAGCCAGUGGCUUUUCCUCCAGGCCAUUUCAACCCCCGUUACAAAAUUCCAUUUUUCCCCUUUCACGGUUGAGCUUUGCUACCCAACUUCCUCACUUCAAAUCAGAGAAGAGUUGCUUGUGGUUGUGGUGGGACCUUUAGUGCUGAAUGCGGCAAUACUUCCCUUGGUUCUGAUCAGAUGGGGCUGUCAGCUACUGUUUGCCUCCUGCCCUGACGUCUUGUCAAAGUUAAUCAUUACCAUGGGACUAUGGACAGUUCUAGACCCACUGGCAGUGUUUCUAGUGGAUACUAUCCUGGGGAGGCUUACACAUAAUUGGGACACGCCCAUAGCUGAUGCAGCAAAGUUGUGCUGGGUGUUUGUGAGGACCAACCAUUCAGGAGUUCUUGGUGUAAUGCUCACGGUGCUAACUUACAUCCUCUUGUUCAUCAUUUCGUCUUUGAUUUUAUAUUUGUAUUGUCUCAGCAAAAGGAUUACCCCACGAGAAAGGGCGGAUAGGAGGAGUGAGAAGCUCUGUAAUGGAAAAAAGAUUAGGGAAAAGCAAAGACAGAUGGAGUGUCUGGACAUCAUAGAGAAUAAGCCUGAAAAGGUCCAGGAGCCUUCUUCUGAUACCUCUAAGAUAAAAGAAAGUGAAAUGGUCAAUCACAACUUCUAUUUUCCUCCCAAACGUGUGGGAAACCAGGCAUAUUGCACAGAUUCCUGGAUAUUAGAUGCAUUUCAGCGAAUCCAUAGUGAAGAAACCAAGUUUUUCAUACCGUAUGAUUUGGAGAUUUCCAAUCAGGAGCUCAGUUACAUAAUGAAAAGGGCUAAGCAAUGGAGAGGAAUCCAUGGUGAAAGGAAGAAGGUGGCAGUGUAUGAUUAUAUCUGGAAAAACCAUGGCAUCGAGUCCAGAGUCUCCAGCUGUGACCUCCAACAGCAAAACGAAAUUUCUGUGUCUGCACUUGGUCCGGGGGAUAUUACUUCUCAUGUAUCUAUAUAUACUGUUUAUCCUGGUGGGUUCCAAGAGCUAUACCGCCAUUUUCUCCGACUCCCCAAUGGCGCCAUCGUUGAGGUGUUUGGUGAUAUCAGUGGUAUAAGGUUUAUCCCCACUGAAGUGGUCACAGCGAUUCAGGAGCAUAUAAGUGAACUGGACAGUACACUGGAAGACUCCUUUGAUAUUAAAUCAAGAGAAAUGAAAAGAAGCCAUUAA